CGAACAUUAAUAAACAUCUGCAUGCGCUCGAACCAAUUUUCGAAGUACGUAUCCAAAACGGCAUUUCUGAAUGCGUCAACUGCUUCUUCUGGUGACUGGAACCUUUGACCACGCAUUCUGUUUUUAAUUAUCGGGAAAGUAAAGAAAUCGUUAGGACUUAGAUCGGAACUAUAUGGAGGAUGGUCCAAUAAUUCCA